AUGAUGCGUAAAAGCGAAAUUCGAGACAAAGAGUCCUUUUCGAACGACCCGAGAAAUUCUUCUUCUCAUCUCUCUGAUAAAUUAAAGAAUUUGUUUCACUUUCGUCGUAAUCGAGCGGUGACCGUAUCUACGAGCUACCAAAAUUCGUCUCAGCCCAAAUCGCCUGAACAUUCAGAUGAGAGUUAUAUGGAGGGCAUUGCCAAUGGUAGUGAUAGCUUUUUAGAUCAAAAGCCAGUUCUCCGGAGAAUAUCGUCAGCUCCAGAUUCUCAUGAAGGAAUGGAAGCUCCGUCGAAGCCGCCAGUGAAUACCUCCAACAUGAAGAAAGCGCAAAUUAAGACCUUAAAAAAUCCAGCAAACUAUAUAUUUGGACCAACCGAAUAUAGCAAGCGUACAUACUCUGGAAACAGUACAAAAGUAAGUAGGGUUGAAGUUACGCCACAAAGUUUUGAAAAAGUCCGACUAUUGGGUCAAGGAGAUGUUGGAAAGGUGUAUUUGGUAAAGCAAAAAAGCAACAAUCGAUUGUUUGCGAUGAAAAUUUUAAGCAAAGCCGAAAUGAUCAAACGACGAAAAGUUCAACGCGUUUUGGCCGAACAAGAGAUUCUUACAAAAAGCAACCACCCAUUCAUUGUCACUCUUUAUCAUGCAUUUCAAUCCAAAGAUCAUCUUUAUUUAUGCAUGGAGUACUGUGCUGGCGGGGAGUUUUUUCGCGCACUUCAUUCACUUCCUGGCCAUAUCUUACCCGAGAAAAGUGCUUGCUUCUAUGCAGCUGAAGUAACGCUCGCGCUUGAGUAUCUUCAUCUGAUGGGCUUUAUUUAUCGAGAUUUGAAGCCCGAAAACAUUCUUUUACAUCAAUCCGGACAUAUCAUGUUGUCCGAUUUUGAUCUGUCAAAACCUAUCAGUACUGAAACUCAUCCACGGAUGCUUGUGACAAAGCACUCUACCUUUUCCCAUGACAAACCAGCCUUGGACACAAAUUCAUACUUUUCUGUUUACCGUACAAACUCUUUUGUUGGAACUGAAGAAUACAUUGCGCCAGAAAUGAUUAGAAGCUGUGGCCAUACCGUAGCAGUUGACUGGUGGACUCUAGGGAUUUUCUUGUACGAAAUUUUGUAUGGUACUACUCCAUUUAAGGGGAAAAACAGACAUGCCACAUUUUCAAACAUUCUGUAUGCGGACGUGAACUUUCCUGAAUAUAGUGCAGCCCCUAAUGUAUCGAGUACAUGCAAAAAUUUGAUUAGGCGACUACUGAUUAAAGACGAAACUAAGCGCUAUGGUUCUGUAGCUGGCGCAUCCGAUAUCAAAGAACAUCCAUUCUUCCGUGAUAUCCAAUGGGCACUCUUACGCAGCAUGAAGCCUCCGAUUGUGCCAAAUAUCCAAGAGGGUAUGGAAGCUGUAUCAAAGACUUCAGGGCUCCCCGAAGCACCGGACAGUAUUGAUCAUUUAAACUCUCAAUACUUGAUUUCAUCCAAUCUUCCUGCAGUUGAUAUGCAUUCGGCUACUCCAAUUCCCGAAGUUGAGAAUCCUUUUACUGGGUUCAGUUCUGUUACACUUCAUCAUGCAGGAGACGAGUAA